AUGGUAGAUUUAAGUUUUACGUCCAACCAAGGAUGGUAUCUUACGUUAUUAUCAUCAUCGUUAUGUGUCCUAGGUUGCUUUGUGAUAUACUUUGAUGAUGUCUAUACGCUAUUAUUCCCUAGAUCGAUUACAAAGAAGUACAAUUUCCAGUUAAAGGAAAAUUAUCUGUUUUUGAAUACAGCAUUAGCGUUUAGUUCUGGAUGCUUACUAUUCACAGCGCUUUUUAGGUUAUUGCCGGAGGCUUUAGAAUUCUUCAAUGAUUUUAAUGAACAUGAUAGAGCAAAAACGGAUAAAAUGCAAAAGAAGGAACUCAACUUUUAUUUGGUUAUAUCCUUCAUCAGUGGAAUAUUACUAUGCUUUCUGUUCAAUGCCGUUUUGCAUUUGGUAACUAGUCAAUCGGUGGUACAUUGUAAUCAUGGCAGUGAGCAACACCCACACAGCCAUUCCCACAAUAAUGAAAUAGAACUGGUACACAGGGAAGGCAGGUAUAAUGAAUCCUUGAACCAUCAUGAAGAAGAACAUACUAACUCCCAUACGCAUGCAAAUACAGGAAAUGAUAUCGAGGCAAAUAUAGAGACUACGCCCUUAUUAGACGAACGGAAGCCAUUAAUGAGAAAGAGAUCGUCACUAAUUCAGUAUUUUAUGUCACAUAAUGGCGAUGAGAAUACCCUUGGAGAAUGUAAGGGGUACACGUCGGCAGAAUUGUGCUUGUUUAAUAAGAAUCAUUCGUCCGAAUUACAUUUCUGUGAGAUCCCAACGCUUGCCAAAUCAAUUGAUCUCAAUGACGAUGAACUACAUGCUGUACAUUCUCCUCCGUCACAUUGUGCGGCUGCCUCCACCCAUUCUCACAAGAAUAAUAGUGAGUACGCCCAUCCUUACGAAGACCAUGCAUAUCUACAAGGUGAGGAUCAUAGCACUCACAAGCCAGAUCAUCACCAUCACAUAAACACUCCUUUAUCUCGUCUAUUGCUAAUCGGAAUCCAAACCACAUUGGCAAUUUCCUUACACAAGCUCCCAGAGGGAUUCAUAACAUUUAUUACUUCAGAAGCUAACCCUGAAUUAGGCUUCCUGAUAUUUUUAAGUUUAGCAGCCCAUAACUUCACAGAAGGUUUCCUGAUGUGUCUUCCAUUGUAUUUUCUGUUUUCGUCCUCUUCAGGCGGAUUUGCAAAGUUGAAGGCCGUUGCCAUUAGUUCUAUCCUUGGUGGUUUAUCACAGCCUGCAGGUGCUAUCCUAGGCUACUUUUUCUUGAAAUAUAAUGAUAAAGGUGAUUCCUUCGAUAUUCAUAGUCUUAGUUUCGUACUUGGUAUCUCUUUGGCCGUGACGAGUGGUUUUUUGACCGUGAUUGGCCUUUCCAUGUAUGGCUCUGCCAUUUCUUUCCAUGGUGGAAUGCUGAAUUUGCUUUUGUUCUGGUGUAUCCUAGGCAUGUGCAUAAUUGGCUUGUCUUCAAUAGUCAAUAGUUAG